UCGCCCAGCGGCAGCCAUUUUAACUUUUGGCGUCGAAAAUACGGCGAGGAAAUCUGAGGAAGCCGGAGAUCCUGUUCGUCUGUGUGGUUUUUUCGCAUCCAGCGCAAGCAGUGUGUAGUGCUCGAGGGCCGUGGAACCAGUGAGUGUGCGAGGAAGUUGAGAGAAGAAGCGUUCGAUCCAGAGGGAUUCCCGAGUCGUAAUCUAACCAAAAGCGAAGCAAAGAUGUCGAUGUCUGCCACGUGCUACAAGUGCAACCGGCCGGGCCACUUUGCCCGGGACUGCAGUCUCGGCGGCGGCGGAGGACCAGGUGGCGUUGGCGGAGGAGGCGGCGGCGGUGGUGGUGGUGGCGGCGGUAUGCGCGGCAGCGAAGGCGGCAUGCGUCGCAACCGCGAGAAGUGCUACAAAUGCAACCAGUUCGGGCACUUCGCACGUGCCUGCCCCGAGGAGGCCGAGCGCUGCUACCGCUGCAACGGCAUCGGUCACAUCUCGAAGGACUGCACCCAGGCGGACAACCCGACCUGCUAUCGGUGCAACAAGACCGGGCACUGGGUGCGCAACUGCCCCGAGGCCGCAAUCGAACGUGGACCGGCCAAUGUGUCGUGCUACAAGUGCAACCGCACCGGUCACAUCUCCAAGAACUGCCCGGAGACCUCCAAGACUUGCUACGGCUGCGGCAAGAGCGGACAUCUGAGGCGCGAGUGCGACGAGAAGGGAGGACGGAACUAGGCGCCACCCACCACCAGUGGCACCUCAAAAAAAAAAAAUGUAAUCAUCGAAGGAGGGAAUGAGUAACAAUUCAACACACGAAUAACAACCAGAAGAAGAUGAGAAGAAGAAAAAAAAAUAUGAAAAACGAAAAAUCAAUUUGCUACAACAUUCACAAAUGCCAGCCAACAGCAACAACAACAGCAGCAGCACCCAAGUCAAGAUCAACCCCUCCAAAAAUAUAAAAGCCCCCACACCCACCCACUCACACCACAUACACCCAUUAACACACACGCAGACGAUAUACAUCUAUAAUCCAGAAAAUCAUCGAGUAAACCAUCUCUGAUUCCAAAAGCCGAGCCUGCAGCGCGGUGCCAACGUCCCAAGAACUGAGAGAAGAGAAGCAGAUGCAGAAGAAUUGGGCUUUCCAAAAGGGAAAGGGAAAGCCACCAGAAGAAUCAGUAGAGGUAGAAAGGCUCUACGAGAAGAACCUGAAGACGAUAGCCAACGGCAGCUGUGCAGCCGAGAGAGCAGAUGACGCCGACGUAGAGAGGAUGAGGAAGAGGAAGAAGAAGACACGACGACCCAAUUUGUAAGAUGAGACUAAACCGCAACAGCAACAACAAGAGAAAUCACCAAGCAAACCACUUUACUAUAAUUAUACCUAUAUGAUUAUGCUGCAAAAAGUGUUUGAAUUUACUAAUUACAUUAUAACGAAUGGAAUGAAACUAUAUAAGAUUAUAUAAAGAAACAAAAAAUACCUUAAAGAAUACUAUAUAAAGAUAAUGAUCCUAUUAGGAGUUCCACAGCCAGAAACAACCGAAAGAAAAAGCGUAAAUAAAAAUGAUAAAAAAACCAA